AUGAAGAGCAAACGUGCGCGCGAGGCCACCGAGGGAGAAGCUCCGGCUCGAGAAGAGCUACCCGAGGGCCCUGCCAAGAAGCGCAAGAGAGACAGCGAAGACGCAUCGACGGGGAAGAAGAGCAAAAAGGACAAGAAGCACAAGCAGGAGAGCAGAAAGGAGCGCAAGGACAAGCGCAAGGACCUGAUUGACCUGCCCGAGGAGGAGCCCGAAGAAGAGGGGGAGGAUGUGCUCCCGGCGGAGGCCGAUGCCAAGCCUGAGGCGACGGCGGGCGAACAGACUGCGGAGGCUAAGGAGGUGAAGGAAAAGAAGGACAAGAAGGAGAAGAAAGACAAGAAAGACAAGAAGGAGAAGAAGGCGAAGGGCGAGUCAAACGGGCAGCCCGCCGACGAGACAACGGAAGCCGCCGACGGCGAGAACCCCAACAACAUCGAGGUCGACGCGAACAAGAAGGCGGACCGGCACAUCGUCUUCGUGGGCAACCUGCCCUUCAGCGCCACCGUCGCUACCAUCACGGCGCACUUCGCGUCGCUGUCGCCCAUCUCCGUACGCUGCCUGAAGAACAAGGGCGACGACAAGCCGUGCCGCGGCAUCGCCUUCGUCGAGUUCGGCAAGGUCUGGCACAUGCGGACGUGCCUGGACAAGUUCCACCACUCCAUGUUCGAGGACGGCGUUUCCCCCGCCAGGAGGAUCAACGUUGAACUGACCGCUGGCGGCGGCGGGAAGAACAAGAACAGACACGACAAGAUCCGCGAGAAGAACCUGAAGCUCGACGAGAACCGGAGCAAGCGCAUUGAGAAGGAGAAGGUCGCCAAGGAGGAGAACAGACAGUCAGGAGACCAUAAUAUGGAGGAUGCAAUCCACCCAAGUCGCCGGGCCAGAGUUCCUGAUAACAGAUGGUAA